AACAACAAAAAAACAAACCUGAAAAUUGUAUUAAAAUAAUAAUAAAAUAAAUAAUUGAUAACUAUCACUAAACAUGUUUCGGACAGUAAAUCGAUUAAAAGUAGCUCAACAACAUAUUAAUUUUCAGCUGCAUAAAAACACAAAUGUUUUACGUUAUGUUUCUAGUAGCUCAAUUUCUAAACGUGCGGCAGUUGGUGGUCCAAAUCAACGUAAUAUCCUAACUUCAGAUCAAAGACGACAAGCAAUGUUUACUGACCGUAGUCAAUUAAAAUACGCAAAACGUAUUGUGGUGAAACUAGGAAGUGCAGUAAUCACUCGCGAAGAUAAUGUUGGUUUAGCUCUAGGGCGAUUAGCAAGUAUUGUUGAACAAGUUGCAGAAUGUCAAUUGGAAGGUCGGGAAUGUAUUAUGGUAACAAGUGGAGCCGUGGCUUUUGGAAAACAAAAAUUGGAACAAGAAGUCUUAAUGUCAAUGUCAAUGCGAGAGACUUUAUCCCCAAAAGAUCACAUGCAAGGAAAUGUUAUUGAACCACGAGCAGCGGCCGCUAUUGGUCAAUCUGGUUUAAUGUCUUUAUAUGAUGCAAUGUUUGCACAAUAUGGUGUGAAGGUAGCACAAGUCCUCGUAACUAAACCAGAUUUUUACAAUGAAGAAACACGAAAGCACCUUUUUAGUACAUUAUCAGAGUUAAUUAGUCUAAAUAUUGUGCCAAUCAUAAAUACUAAUGAUGCAGUCUCACCUCCUAUGUUUGUCAUGGAUGAAGAAGUUGUUUUGUAUGGACAAAAAAGGGGACUUAACAUCAAAGAUAAUGACAGCCUAGCAGCUAUGUUGGCAUCUGAAGUCCAAGCCGACUUACUAAUUUUAAUGUCAGACGUUGAUGGAAUUUAUAGUAAACCUCCUUGGGAAGAUGGUGCUCGCCUUAUGUCUGUAUGUACAUUGGACGAUAUCAAUUCUAUUAAAUUUGGAGAAAAAGGAAAAGUUGGAACAGGAGGAAUGGACUCAAAAGUCAAAUCGGCAGCAUGGGCUCUAGACCGUGGAGUAACUGGAAUUAUUUGCAAUGGCGAUCAAGAGGAAGCAAUCAAAAAAAUAAUCAGUGGACGCAAGGUUGGAACAUUUUUUACACAAAGUUCAGCAGGGGGAUCAGCUACUGUGGAAGUUUUAGCUGAAAAUGCUCGCGUUGGCGGUCGUAUCGUGCAGAGUCUUCCUGCACAUGAACGGGCCUCUUGUAUUAACAAUCUUGCUGAUUUGCUAUUGAGUAAAGAAAAAUUUAUUCUAGAUGCAAAUAUGAAAGACUUAGAAGAAGCUCAAAAAAAUGGCCUUGCAAAACCUCUUUUAGAUCGUCUUGCGUUAUCCUCUUCCAAAUUGAAAACUCUUUCUACCGGUCUGCGACAAAUUGCAGACACAAGCGAAAAGAUUCUCGGACGAAUAGUCCGUCGCACAAAACUUGCUGAUGGCCUUGAGCUAAAACAAGUAACUGUACCUAUAGGAGUGCUAUUAAUAAUUUUUGAAAGUCGGCCAGAUAGUUUGCCUCAAGUUGCAGCACUGUCAAUUGCUUCUGGAAACGGUCUGUUACUAAAAGGUGGGAAAGAAGCUGCUCACAGCAAUAAAGCAUUAAUGGAAUUGGUAAAAGAAGCACUAGGUACAAUAGGAGCGCCCAAUGCAGUCUCUUUAGUUUCAACUCGUGAAGAAAUCAGCGAUUUAUUGUCCAUGGACAAACACAUUGACCUCAUAAUUCCGAGAGGUUCUUCAGAUUUAGUUCGCCAAAUACAAGAAAAAUCAAAACACAUUCCAGUUCUAGGACACGCUGAAGGUGUUUGUCAUGUUUAUGUCGAUAAAGAUGCUGAUUUAACAAAAGCUUUAAAAAUUGUUCGUGAUGCAAAAUGUGACUAUCCAGCAGCAUGUAAUGCAAUGGAGACCCUACUCAUUCACAAAGAUCUCAUGAAAGGUCCGUUUUUCAACCAAGUAUGCUCAAUGCUCCAACAAGAAGGUGUAAAAAUUUACUCGGGGAAAAAACUUGUUGAGACGUUGACUUUUGGACCGCCUGCGGCAAAGACCAUGAAACAUGAAUAUGGAGCACUUGAAUGCUGUAUUGAAGUAGUUGAUGACACAGAAGCAGCAAUCAAUCACAUUCAUCGUUUUGGAAGUAGUCAUACAGAUGUAAUCAUCACUGAAAAUGACUCGAUUGCCAAACAUUUUCAACAGCAAGUUGAUAGUGCCUGUGUCUUCCAUAAUGUCAGUUCUAGAUUUGCUGAUGGCUUUCGUUUUGGACUUGGAGCUGAAGUAGGAAUCUCAACGGCCCGCAUUCACGCGCGUGGUCCAGUAGGAGUGGAAGGUCUUUUAACUACAAAAUGGAUACUUGAUGGACAUGAUCACACAGCUGCCGAGUUUAAUGAUGGAACAAAACAAUGGAUACACGAACAACUUCCUAUUGAUCCUUAGAUUAAUCUAUUGUCAUUAUAUUUUCUUUAAGUUAUUUCACGAAAUCAUAACACGCUUAAACCAAAGAUCCAAAUAAUCGGGUUUCAAUAUAUUUAAAUACAUAACUAA